CUUUAUAUAUUAGUAUAGAAGUAUAGAUAUGUAAAAAAGAAAGAAGAAGAUCUUGACUAAAUUCCUAUUUCCGUUCUUUUUUAAUACAAAGAAAUAUAAUAAGAAAGAGUGUUCCAAUUUAACGUUUCAACUUCAAAAAGAAAUACUUAAUGUCUACUUGCAAACUGUAAAUGCGAGCUACACUUUCGCCAUAAGAAAAUAACAGUUGCUGUGUGUAUAAGCAAGUUCAAAUAACUUCAAUGACGAUUAACGCCAGUUGACCAUUCGCCGGCGUGGGGAACGCACGCCACUUCAAAUAAAUAAUCGUGUUAAUGUGAAUGUGUAAAAUAGUAUUUAUUUACUUUUAAAAGUGUUAUUGUGGUUCAUUCUUCAUAAAAAGUAAUGUUGUUUUAGAGUAUGUUUCAAUACGAUUAUGAGAAGCGUCCGGCGUCGGCGACAUCUUGUGACAGCCGCGCUAAGAUGGCGGCCGACUGGAGCCGAUCUUACCCGAGCGCAGCCGAACGAAUGCCGAACGCGAGGCGCCCUCUACCGCCGCGACCGACCGUUAUACAUCGGAUGCCGGAUAAAACUACAGUACCUUUGAAAGUGUGGAUCAUCGCCAGUGCAUCCUGCUUCGCCGUCUGCGCGGCCCUGGUACUGGCGACCGUGGUGGUCACCAAAUGGGGCACGUCAGACGCUUUUACCACGAGAGAAGUGUAUCAGUCCCCAGAACCAAUACGUGCCUAUAGCCGCCCAAAACCAACACCAGAAUACAAUUCAGAUGAAAUCGAAGAGAACGCGAUUCUAGAAAAACUAUCAAUAUUCAAAAAUGUUAUACCACAACGGGAACACAAAAAUCUCAUAUCCAAGACACAAAUACAUCCUCUGCAUGAAGAGAUUGCACACGAGGAGAGAAACAUCAAGAAGAAGGAUAGAGCGGAAGUAGAAAAAGAAGUAAUGGACAAUGAGGUACAAGAUGCAGAAGGAUCGGACUUCAAAAUUGUAGAAGUACCGCAUUUUAAACCUAUUCUACCUGAAAUAAGCAAGAAUGUCGACUUGGAAUUGCCGUAUGGAUAUUUGGAUGGCAGAGAAGACUAUUUUUACAACGACGAAAACCUCUACGAUGAUUAUAUGCAAAGCAAUACUUUGACCAGUUACUUAAUAGAAAAAGUUCAGGAGCUACAUGAGUGGGUAUCGAGUGACCCAGACUUGAAAACCAAUCACACAAGUACAACGGAUUUCAGCACUGUUCUGAAGGCUCUAAACGAAAGCCUGGUCGAAGGCAACGUCACUAUAGUAAUGAAUAAAUUAAAAGAGGUUUAUUUCGGAGAUAAUUAUACCAACGCGAAUAAUACUAGAAAAGUUAUAGUUACUAAUUCUACUGAUUUGCUUUCUUUUGGGAUUCUGACGUUGGAUGUCAUGUUGUUGCAUAAUAUACAGCUAAUGGCGUGGGAGAAUCAGGAGGCAGCCAGAAACAAAAUGCUGAAAGACCCAGACGUGUUUGCGUUUAACGCGCUGUUCUUAGACCCUGGGAAGGUGGAAUCCAAGCAAAAUGAAGUCGUUCAUGAUGGAUCGUUAUUUUUGAAGCGUCUGAGCCCUCGGCAGAAUGUUAUCGAAGAUCUGGAUAUUGGCAAGAAUCUUCUAGAAAAUAUAAUGGAGAUUGGAAUGAGUACGGCCAGAGCAGCAAUACACCUGGGCAGGGCGUAUAAGAAUACCAAAAACAUCCUAAACCAGAUUUCAAAUAAAGAACUCCAGGCCGCCAACAUUCAGAAUCAAAUGUCACGCAACCUUGAUGCCAACACUCACGCGCUGAAUCACUUGCAAACGUCAUAUGACAGUACUCAAGGUGUUGCCAGCAACAAUAAUGGUAGCUUUUAUACCGAACUGGACUGCGUGUGGUUAUUGUACUGUAGAAAUUUAAUGGCAACUACUAAAUUGAAUCCGCCGUACGGUACCAUGGCUAGGAUUAAUGGGGUGGCGCUUCGAAUGCUGACUGGUGAGCUGGUGGCCAAUAAAGCACUUGACACAAUGUUAUAUGAGCUGCUAACAGGAUGGACGGAGCUAAAGUGUAAUGAAAUGUUCCCAAGAUGCAGUAAAGUAAAUGCGGCGGCAGUAGUAAUCGAUUCUAUUCUUCAAUCACACAGAAAAACGACUGUCAGUAACAGAGGACGAUAAAUUAGUUAAUUAGUUAAAAAUAUACAUCCCUAUUCCUAACUUAUAUUGUAAAUGUGAAUGACAGUUUGUUUGCUACGCCUUCACGCGACGAAUACUUAACCGAUCGUCAUGAAACUUUGUACUCAUUCCCUUGGAGGGAUAAGAAUGGUUUUAUUCAACAAGAAAAGCAGGAUGUGUUAGGAUACUUUUGUGAAAUAAUGAAUUAGUAAAGAUUAUGACAGUUUUUGAACUUAUUGAUAUUCGAUCAAUAACCAAAACGAUUUAUAGAUGUAACUACAUUUAUCAGAAUAUCUCGACUGCUUUCAGACUCAACCGAAAUCCUUAAACAUAAUUCAGACAGUUGAUGCGGCAGCGGCAAACAGACAAAAUGUUAAGUUUUUAAAUUUUAUUUUUAAAAUACAAUCAAAUUUAAAGAAGUUUUUAUAUUUAAUUUUCAAUUUAUUUAUCAAUGGCAUUUAAACCGCGUUUGGGGUUGCAGGGUAAUAAAUUACAUUUCCACUAAAUCCUAAGCGCGGUUUGAAGUUUGUACUUAAAUGUUGCCAAUUUAUUUUCGUGUUAUUACCAUUUUUGGUAAUUAUUAUUUUAGUACUUAAUUAUAGAGUUUAGUAUAUUUUUAAGUACAAAUAGUGAUGGUUUAUUGUAUUUUUAAUGCUGAGGCUAAUGUUGUUAAAUCAUAGACUGAUAAAUUAUAAUAAAUCCUUAUUUUAAACAUCUGUGUUUCAUUUUUUUACUUUGCUUAUAAUACUAAGAAUAGAAUAUAUAUUCUACAACAACGAAUGAUCCCACUGCUGGGCAAAGGCCUCCCGCCUUUGCCCAGCAUCCUUUCUUUUCCAAACCUCUCUAUGUUUUGCGAUUUUUAGCUA